GAGUGAGAGAGAGAGAGAGAUUCAUCGGUCGCCAUUACCGACUGGAAUGAGAGAGGAGGGAAUCAGGCUCGGAUUACGCGCAUACCAAAAAAUCUGUAUCAAUAAAUCCAAACCAGUCGUGAAAUUUAGCGCGAACUGUUCCUUCCAUUCUAACCUCUGGAAUAUCCCGAAUCUCAUUCGAAGAGGGAAUUACUGGGAAUAAAGGGAAAUCUUCGGGAAUGCCACCUCCUUCCUCUGUGGAGUCGGGAGAUGGGAGCGACCAUGUUAGGUAGGUGAUGCCCGAGGAGAAGCGCAGCUGCUCCAAAACCAGCGAUCUAGCAGAAAGGAAUAUCCACAUCUGUUCCUAACGAGAAAUGGAAAUGCAUCAGCAGUAGCCAAUGGAACUUUAUCCUUGCCUCGCUGACGGACUUUGCUGAGAGUAACAAGGCAAUGAGAGGGGCUGUAUAAUGGCCAAGAACAAAGAGCCCCGUCCACCGACAUACACUAUCAGUGUAGUUGGGCUCUCAGGCACCGAGAAAGAAAAGGGCAACUGUGGGGUGGGCAAGUCCUGCCUAUGCAACAGAUAUGUGCAUCCCAGCGCAGAUAGCUACUACUCAGAGCACACUUCUGUGUUGAGCACAAUCGACUUUGGAGGUCGUGUGGUGAACAAUGAUCACUUCCUUUACUGGGGGGAAGUGUUACACAGAGGAGAUGAUGGCCUUGAUUGUCGAAUUCAAGUCAUUGAACAGACUGAAUUUAUUGACGACCAGACCUUUCUGCCUCACCGGAGCACAAAUUUGCAACCCUACACUAAGCGGGCUGCAACUACAAAGCUGCAGUCUGCUGAGAAACUGAUGUAUAUUUGCACAGAUCAGCUUGGCUUGGAACAGGAUUUUGAUCAGAAGCAGAUGCCUGACGGGAAGCUAAAUAUUGACGGUUUUGUCCUGUGCAUAGACGUAAGCAAAGGAUGCAACAGAAAAUUUGACGAUCAGAUGAAAUUUAUCAAUAGCCUUCACUCGCAAAUUGGCAAGUCAAAAAAACCCAUCAUCAUUGCUGCGACAAAAUGCGAUUCGUGCGUAGAGCAAUACUUACGGGAUGUCCAGACGUUCGCCGCUAGCAAAAAGAAUCUUAUGGUGGUUGAGACGUCGGCUCUGUUGUCUGUCAACGUGGAGCUCUGUUUUAAUGCUCUAACCCAGCAAAUGGACAAAACACGAGGUAAACCCAAAAUUAUCCCUUACCUGGAGGCUUACAAAGCUCAAAGACAAUUAGUAGCCACAGUCACGGUCAAGUUUGAAAAGCUUAUUGUGCAGUCUGUCCGAGAUUAUCACACGAACUGGAAAGUCGUGAGCAACUCCUUGAAAAACUACCCAGACUACGAGGAAUACAUUAAUUUGGAAGGUAGUCGGAAGGCUAGGAACACCUUUUCGAAGCAUAUUGAACAGCUGAGACAAGAGCAUAUCAAGAAGAGAAGAGACGAUUAUCUCUCCAGUUUGCCAAAAAUUUUGAACAAGAUGCUCAGCAACUUGGAAGAGAUUGAGCACCUGAGCUGGACAGAUGCUCAGAACAUGUUAAAAAGCAAGAAUGAGUUUCAGUACUACUUUGUCGUGCUGGAGCAAACCCCAUGGGAUGAGACAGACCAUGUUAACAAAACAGAUGACAGAAGAGUCCCCUUUGACAUCCUUAAAACUGCAGAAGGUGAGCGGAUCUACCAAAACCAUGUCCAACAUUUGAUAUCUGAAAAGAGACGACUGGAAAUGAAGGAAAAAUUCAAGAAGACGCUGGAUCGUGUACAUUUCAUAAGUCCUGGCCAACCUUGGGAAGAAAUAAUGUGUUUUGUCAUGGAGGAUGAUGCAUACAAGUACAUCACAGAAGCUGAUCGCAGGGAUGUGUAUGCACUGCAUCAGCAGGAAAUAGUUGAGGUCGCCAAAGAGGAGUUCCAGGAAAUGCUUUUUGAGCACGCUGAGCUGUUUUAUGACUUGGAUUUGAAUGCCACCCCUAGUUGUGAUAAAAUGAGUGAAAUCCACACUGUACUCAAUGAGGAACCCAGAUACAGAGCUCUACAGAAACUUGCCCCAGAUAGGGAGUCCCUUUUAUUGAAGCACAUCGGGUUUGUUUAUCAUCCCACCAAAGAGACAUGUCUGAGUGGCACGAGCUGUGUGGAUCUGAAGGUUGAGCAGGUGCUUGCUAAUAGGCUGGUUCAGUUGGACCACGGUCGCACUAAUCUGUACUACAACAGCUCGAUUCUCGACAAAGUGAACUUGUGUCUCCUUGGCCGUGAAGGACUAGCUCAAGAACUUGCUAAUGAAAUAAAAUCUCAGUCCACAGACGAUGAGUAUACCCUCGAUGGUAAGAUCUAUGAAUUAGACCUUUUACCUGUUGAAGCAAGUUCUCCCAUGGUUUUGAACCAUUCCUGGUUAUCAAAUUUUAAACCUCAUGGAUUCUUCUGUGUCUUCAGUUCAAUAGAAUCCCUAAAUUAUAUUGGCGAUCGCAUAAACCGAAUCCGAGUGGAGAUUUCUCAGAGCAGAAGAGACAGAUUUGCCCAGCCAUUGCCAUUCAUUCUAAUCUUAGCAAGUCAGCGAGACAGCAUUUGCAAAAACAUGCCUAUUUUAAGGCAUCAGGGCCAACAGCUUGCUAAUAAGCUACAGUGCACAUUCAUUGACAUGCCCCCUGGGACCUUUCCCCGAAAGUUUAACGAGUCUCAAAUAAAACAAGCGCUCAGAGCAGUACUCGAAGGCCUAAAGCACAAUUUUGAUUUGAUGAGUCCUGUGCCCUCCAUCAAGGAUUUGUCCGAAACAGAUUUGCGGAUAGUUAUGUGUGCCAUGUGCGGAGAUCCAUUCAGCGUGGAUCUUAUUCUGUCACCUUUUCUGGAUUCACAUUCCUGUAGUGCUGGCCAGCCUGGUCAGAGCAACACCCUUUACCUUGACAAAAUCAUUGGUGACAGUCGCAGACGCAUACAAGUCACUGUCCUCUCUUACCACUCCUCGAUUGGAAUCCGAAAGGAUGAAUUGGUGCAUGGGUACAUACUGGUCUACUCAGCAAAACGAAAGGCUUCUAUGGCUAUGUUGCGGGCAUUCUUGGCAGAGGUUCAAGAUGUCAUUCCAGUCCAAAUGGUGGCCAUCACGGACAGCCAGGCUGAUUUCUUUGAGAACGAGGCCAUUAAAGAGUUGAUGACCGAGGGGGAACGCAUUGCUACAGAAAUCACGGCCAAAUUUACAGCUCUCUACUCGUUGUCUCAGUACCACAGGCAAACGGAAGUCUUCACACCAUUUUUUAACGAAGUCCUUGAGAAGAAGAAUAGUAUCGAGAGCUCCUUCAUGUUUGAGAAUACAAGGGACCAUGGUACCUCUGAAGACGUUUUUCCCCAGUCACCUCACAACCAUUUACCAGCCUACUCUUAUUAUCCUGAUUCUGAAGAUGAUGCUGAAGGACCGCCACCUUAUAGCCCUAUAGGGGAUGACGUACAGCUGCUGCCCACCCCGAGUGAAAGAAAGUAUAAAACUGACUUGGAAGGGAACGAGUACCCUGUCCAUAGCACACCUCUAGGUGAUCAUGAACGCAACCACAAAGUGCCUCCCCCAGUGAGACCUAAACCUGUGCUAAACAAGACUAAUGUUAAGAAGCUGGAUCCCAACCUUUUGAAGACCAUCGAGGCUGGAAUGAGAGCCAGCAGAAGAACACGAGGCCCACUUAUGGGCCAUGAUGACAUUGAGGUGGCUGACAAUUACGCAGAUCCAGCUGACACACUCCACAAAUCGAAAGGCUUCAACGAUGACAUUUAUGCUGUUCCAGAGGACACUCAUAGCAGAAUGCGUAACUCAUUUGGUGGCCAUCAUGGUUUUUAUGGUGAUGAGGAGAACGGUUUUGAUCGCACGUUGAAAUCACAGGGUAGCAGGCGACCGUCCAAAUACAAACAUCGAUCGAAGAUCCUUUUCAGCAAGACAAAAGCGUACCAUAGACGAGUGCACUCUGACGUCAGUGACGACGAGUCUGGGCCGGCAGUGCAGAAGAAGAAAAAAGGCAGGGGUAACCGUGGAAGUGAAGAAGACCCUUUACUUUCUCCUGUGGAUCCAUGGAAAGGAGGGAUAGACAAUCCAGCCAUCACUUCAGACCCAGAGCAAGAUGACAAGAAGUUGAAGAAAAAGAAAGCAACAAAAAACAAGGAACCAAAAAAGGUUAAAGCAAAAGUUCCCAAGCCGUUGUAUCCGCCAACUCGAAGAAAUUGGGAAAGCAACUAUUUUGGUGUUCCUCUACAGAACCUGGUCAGCCACGACAGGCCUAUCCCUCUGUUUAUUGAGAAGUGUGUGGACUACAUUGAACUUACAGGGCUCACCACAGAAGGCCUGUAUCGUGUGAGUGGCAACAAAACCGAUCAGGACAACAUUCAGAAACAGUUUGACCAAGACCACAGUGUGGAUUUCUUGGCCAUGGAUAUCGCCGUUAACGCCGUAGCCGGAGCACUGAAAGCAUUUUUCGCGGAUCUACCAGACCCUCUCAUCCCCUACAGUCUCCAUCCAGAGCUUGUCGAAGCCGCCAAAAUUAUGGACCAUACUGAAAGACUGCAAGUGCUGAAGGACAUUGUGCGGAAAUUUCCACCUGUGAACUAUGAAGUUUUCAAAUAUCUGAUCACUCACCUGAACAGGGUGAGCCAGCAGAGCAAGACGACGCUGAUGACAGCAGACAAUCUGUCCAUCUGCUUCUGGCCGACGCUCAUGAGGCCCGAUUUCGAGAACAAGGACACGCUGUCCACCACCAAACUCAACCAGUCGGUCAUAGAAAACUUCAUCCAGCAGUGCAACUACUUCUUCUACGGCGGCGAAAUCACGGCGCAUUGCGGCGGCGCCGGGACGUCGCCUCCACACGCCGGGCACAUGGGACACACCGGACACGGCAUGGUGGAGUCACUGCUGGCUCUACAGCUUCCUCCACCAAUGCAACCGCAGCAGAUUCAACACCCGCUGCCCUCCGAACCCCUCAUUUAACCCACCUUUUCAAAAUGGGAAAGGGAAAAAAAAUAAAAUCAUUUUUGUAUCAAGAUGAUGAAUUCUGAUUACAGGUCACAGAUAUGCAUUUUCUUAAAAAAAAAACAACAAAUGAAUAUACAUUUCUGUGACGAGGAAAAAAAAAAGUAACGACUGAUGUGGUGUUGAUGAAAUGUGGUGAGCCAGGCUGGCCAGACUAGCAUGACUGCAAAUAUAAGGAAGAUAUAUUUAUACUACUAUUUUUUUUUUUUUUUUUUUUUAAUUGGUAAAGACAAUUGAACCAUUCUGUGUACACUACAUGCACAAUCUAUUUUAAUGGCUUUAUCCCGUGUCAGUUUUUUGUCUGCUUGUUUUUUUUUUCUCUAAAACAAAAAAAAAAGACUUCUUUUGUAGAAACCUGUUUCUAAAAGAUCAUGAAAACGGAUGUGGUGAUGGAGUCCUGAGCCCAUUGGACUGUUGGGAUGAGAAUCGUAACUUUCUAACACACACCCAUACAAACAGGUGCACAGCAGCCUGGGAUGGACACCAGCAGGAAAAGUCUCGCUCCUCAAAUUCUGACAGCCACCAAAGGGAAAAACUCCACUGGAAACUCUGAGUAAAGCGGGUGUUGGACCAUGGCCUGACUCCUCGCUCCUACUUACUUUUUUCUUUUCUUUUUUUCUUUUUUAUUGGUUUCCAUGCUGUUGUCGUUGUUGUUUUUUUCUUCUUUGUCUCAAAAUCUUUUUUUUUGCACACCAACAUGCAUUAAUGUUCCUUAACUAAAUUUGCAUGUCAUUUGUCACAUGUAAUAACAGAAAGAUAGAAAAAAAAAAGACAUACAACCUUAACUGUUUUUAUGCAAGACUUUUUUUUUUUUUU